CCCAACGUUCCAUGUUUGUCGGCAAGCAAGAUUCGAUUCCAAGGUGGACGCGCGUAGGAAGAAGCCUCCAUCUGCCGCCACCACCACCGAGGCGCCGAGGAGGAGGAGGGAGAAGACGAGAAGGACGAGGAUCACAGGAGGACGAGGGAUCAUGGGCGCGGGUAGCCACUCUUCCGCGCUGCUGCUGCUGCUUCUCUCCGCUCUGCUCGUGGCCACGGCCGAGUCCCAGGACGACGGAACCCCGUGCCUACCCUCGCUCAUGGAGGCCACCGCCGUGACGGGCGGCGAGAGCCUGGGCACCUGGGACGUGGCCGAUGAGGACGCCUGCGUGGUGCUGUGCUGCGCCAUGGCGCGCUGCGACACGGUCGUGCUGGGACCUCAAAGGGCCUGCGAGCUGUUCGCCUGCGAGGACGCCCCGUGCAGUUUCGUGGACCACGAGGCGAGCAAGGUCCGAUACGUGGAGCCCCAGAUCCAGCCGGCGACCGCGGAGGAGACGGGGGAAGCCCCAGAGAGCGAACAGGACAUUUGCAAGCUGCCCCCGAAGGUGGGACAUUGUCGUGCCCGCCUGUCGCGCUGGUUCUACGACGGAGAUAGCCGCUCCUGCCAGUCCUUCAUCUACGGGGGCUGCAAGGGCAACGGCAACAACUUCGAAUUGGAGGAGCAAUGCCUGGAGCGCUGCGGGGAGGGUGCAGCUCCACAGGUGCAGGAGCCCCAGAGAGUUGUGGGGAUGCAGGAGGAGGAACAGGGGGAACAUCACCCACCCACGACCUCCACCCCAGAGCAGCAAUCCAACGAGGAGCACUCCUCCGAGCCACCCCCGCCAUUCACUAUCGACGAUUGCCUGUCCAUGCCCGAUAAGGGCCCGUGCAGGGGCAGCCACUGGCGCUGGUCCUACUCGGCCGAGUCUGGGGGUUGCGAGAAAUUCAUGUACGGCGGCUGCCAAGGCAACGGGAACAACUUCCACAGCAAACAGCAGUGCCUCUCCAGCUGUGGCUUGCAAAAAGAUCCGAUGUCAGGAAAAGGAAGAACGCUGCAGAGCUACGAGUUCUGCAGGCUGGAGGCGUUGACAGGGCCGUGCCGUGGCUCGUUCACCCGCUGGGUCUACACCCCGAUCAACGGCUCCUGCUCUGAGUUCACUUACGGCGGCUGCCGUGGAAAUCAGAACAACUUCCUGCUGGAGGCCGAGUGCCUAACGACCUGCGGCCUGCAAAACGGCACCGCGGUGAGGUCCCGGAUAAAGUCGGAUAACUUGGACCCCGCCGACGUGUGCCUGCUGAAUUCCACCACCGGCUCGUGCCGUGGCUCCUUCACACGCUGGACCUACGUCGCCGCGACAAGCACCUGCAAGGAGUUUAACUACGGCGGUUGUCGCGGCAACCAGAACAACUUCCUUGAGGAGGCGGAGUGCCUGAUGGACUGCGGACCGAGCGACGGUGCCGACCACUCUCUCGUAUUCAGGACCAUGGCUCCUCCAGAAGACAUCUGCCUGCUGGAGGAGGCCGUGGGGCCUUGUCGAGGCUCUUUCACGCGCUGGAUCUACGAUGCUGAGAGCAGCAACUGCAAGGAGUUCACCUACGGAGGCUGCGGCGGAAACUUCAACAACUUCCUGGAGGAGACGGAGUGCAUGGUCACAUGCGGCCGAUCGCUGGAGGACGACGAUGGUAACAUCCGCAUGGUCGCCACAGAGAUCCCUCCCGACAUCUGCCUGCUGGAGGCCGUCACGGGCCCGUGCCGUGGAUCCUUCACGCGCUGGACAUACGACGCCGAGAGCGGCCACUGCAAGGAGUUCACAUACGGUGGUUGCAGUGGAAAUUACAACAACUUUCUGGACGAGACGGAGUGCGUGGCCAUGUGCGGCCUGCAAGACGGAUCUGUGGACAUCGGCGAAGGAGAGGGUCGGCUGCACUUGGCGGUGCACAAGCUCGACGCAGAGGUGUGCCUGAUGGAGGCCGUCACGGGCCCGUGCCGCGGAUACUUCACGCGCUGGACCUACGACGGAGAGAGCGGCCACUGCAAGGAAUUCACCUACGGCGGCUGCCGUGGCAACCACAACAACUACGUAGACGAGGCGGACUGCAAGACGAACUGUGGACCGUCUAAAGGAGGCUCCAGCUCAAGGCUGUUGGAAUCGGACAACUCCUUCGAAGACCUCUGCAAAGCGGAGCCACAAACUGGGCCUUGCCGGGCCCACUUCCAGCGCUGGUACUACAGCGACAGCACCGGCGGCUGCGCCAAGUUCACGUAUGGAGGCUGUGCCGGCGGUUUCAACAAUUACUUGACAGAGGAGAUCUGCCUGAAGGCCUGCUCCGCAGAAUCCAAUGCCGACAAAAACAUCAAUACGUCUGGAUCCCUUCACGUAGUCGGGGUGCUGUUCGGCGUGCUCGUCGCUGUCCUCAUGGUCGUGUUCGUCGUGUGGAAGCUGCGCCGCGCUCGCCGAAAACAGACGAGCAACGGCACCGCCACGACCAACGGGACGACCGCCACCACCACGGUCGUGGACGGGCAGCCCGGCGCCGAAACCAAGGAGGAGAACACGCACCUGAUGGCAGAGCUGCCGCACAGCCCCUUCAUGGGCAAGCAGAGCAGCGUCUAGCAGCACCGCCUCCCCAAGGCCGCUGGAUGAUCGUGCCAGGUCAAGGGGUCACCGUGUCAUCGCACAUUGAGUACCGCCGCUUCGGUCUGCCCUUUUCUACUGGGCCUAUCCCCACCAACCCCCCUCCCCUCCCUGCUGUGCAAUGUGACCUCGGCACGGCACUUGCAGGGUGGUGUGUGACGUGAGCAGGGCUCCCACGUAGUUACCGGGUGUAGCCACACUGCAGGGCUGAUGGCCAUUGAACUCAGUAGCUCACACUCAUGGGGACCACUGCUGAGAGAUUCCCCCCCAACGCCUCUCCCAGCACAACGCCAGUCUGGUCUUUUCCUCCAUCAUCUUCACGUUUUUCACUGCAGUUCCGCAGACCUCGACGGCAACUCUUUGGUUGUUUUGCGUUUGUUUCUGUAAUUAAACCUUUUUGGACUUAUCAUUGAAGAAUCAUUUGAAGCCAGUUUUCCCAAAGCAUCAUCAGGAAGGCACACGGCUGCAAGGUGGCCCAGGCUACAGCUGUGUCUCAGGACUGCCGCAGGAAACAACAAGUGCAAACCUCUUCUUAUUUAGCAUCCCCGCGUUCAGGGAGUCGUCGAAAGAGACGACGGGAUUCUGCCAUCGGGAACCCGUGACGAGAUCGCUUGGGCGCAGGUUGUGAGAAUGCAACGGUACGGUCACGCAUUUCUCGCUUCCUCUUUCACCGUAAAUGCAGUUUUGGAAAAAGCCGUAACUUUUGCAGCGUGUGUUUGUGUUUUGUAUAUAAGAAAACAAAAACUUUUCUUUUGUACCGAUAAUAGUUUAGCAGAAUUUUUACAAUAAUUUUUUUGUUGUUUAAAGAAUCGUCGUUAUAACCACCGAUAACUGUCCGUGUUGCCUAAGCCAUGCACGCUGAACUUGUGCAGUGGAGUACAUUCUUCCUGGCCGGUUAAACGCGAAUUGUACACUCACGAGGCAUUGCAUUUACAAUUAACAGGAACUUUAUGCUGAUAUACAUUUAGACCACAAUAACAUUUUUGCUGAUUAUAGCUUUGGACCAAUGGAAUGAAUGAAACACAAUUCGGCAGGACAGAUGAGUUGGGUGAUACAAACGAGAAACAAUUAUCAAAUCGUGACCCCAAAUCGCGAAGACCAAUUAGCCAGGAAAGUGAAUUGUUAUGUGCCUGGUUUUUCAGCAGGCCUGGGCUCCGAGAUCUGCAACAACAGAAUUGAGUUCCUCAUGGGGCAUCCGUCUCCCACCACUGCAUGCGAACUUGGCACAUUACACAUUGCUGGCCUCACUCCACAUUGUCCAUUGGACUGUUGAUUAAAUAUUUUCAUUUUUUAUUGCAUUGGCUUUGAGUUUUGGGGUCGAGAUGAACGGUCGGGUUUGUGCCAAGAGUCGACACGGCCACCACUGCACACGUAAGAUCCAGUAUGCUCGACCGGUAAUUGCUAAAUUUGGCGCAACUUUGCUAGAUGUCUACAGACAAGAUGAACAAGGUUUUUAUGAUGAUGCGACGUGUGCAAUUGCCAAGUUAAGUGGUGACAUUACUUCGACAGCGAAGAGAGCGAGGGCACUGUGGUGGUGACACCGACUGCCAUCGUUCACAUCUGGUGUUGUGGCCCAGCGACGAGGGACGUGUUUGUAAAUAUGUAAUACUGUAAAUGUGUUCAAAAUGUUAAAAUAGUAUUGUGAUUCACCCUUCCAUGCGUUUGGCUCGAUGUUGGAACCUUUUGUAUUUGCUGGUCCCCAUUGCACUGGCACUCGCGCUCAGACACAGGAACCGAUGUGCGCCAGAGCAGGUUGGUUCAGUCAUUGUUUUCAAGGGGGCUUUAACGAUGCAUUCAUUGAUCCACCGACAUGCGUCUUUGAACUCUCGGUACGUGCAUCGAACCGUGCGUGCGCGAGAACGGAUGUUUUUCGAUAAGUAUAUUUUGUAUGUGUAACAGGUUCACGUGGCCUCUGAAGCCACUGCAGACCGCUACAUUCACUACAAUGUAAAAAAAAGUUACGUUUUUUAUUGCGGCUAUUCAUCAAAUCUCCAAGUGAAUCUUUACGCUCGUAGCUUUGAAUUGCGUGAUGAGAUGCCCUGGAACCAUCGAUGCUUACCAUACAUUUUGCCAGCGACCUCGGGAGCCCUCGCAAGUCAACACGCAGCUUCCAUGCGAGCGCACGCUUUGGUGCUCGUUAAGAGAAGGCAUGCGUGAACACGAAUGCCGAGGUUUUCUCGGACUGCUCGGUAACGGAGCCAGGUUUAACGACCCACGCCAGCGUGUGUGAUGAGCAUUGCUGUUUGCCACCCGUUUCUGUACGAAGAGACGGGCGUUCGCGAUGCGAUGCAACUCGAGGGCAUCGCGCUUGGUUAUUGAGCUUGUUUUAUGUUACUUUUAAUAGGUUUUGAGACAGGUUUUUAUAAUAAGUAUUGAUCGUUGUAAUUUCUGGGUAUUUAAUUACAAUAAACUGUUGAGCUGCAAA